AUGGCAUUUGUGAAAGAAGUGCUCCGAUGGCGACCGGUAGUUACUGCGGGAGCUCUUCAUCUGGCUGAGCAAGGUGAUGAAUACAUGAGAUAUCACAUUCCGAUAGCCUCUGUUGUUGUUGCAAAGCACUGGUCGCUGGAUCUUGAUGAUGAUGAUGAUGAUAUGUUUGAAGAUGCCAACUCAUUUAGUCCAGAGCGGUAG